UCCCGAAACUUCCUCUGCAUCAUUUAUGUAGAGGAUCAUACCUAUGUGUGUGUACUUGACUCGUAUUGGCGUCGGUUAAGAGCCAGUUAACUCAAACUACAUGGUCUCAGCUUCUACAAUUCUAACUUUAGAAAUAUCCCAGAAAUAAACCUCUGUCUUUGGCCUCCACCUCACAUUGUGCUCUGCUCACAUUUAUGCCCGUGCUUUCUACUUUUCUUCAUUUUACAUUCAACUGCGCGUAUGGAGUGUCGUUAGGAACGUUCAAACCUAAUUUUGUACUAAUUAGUCUACAAUUCAUUAUAAUAUCCAUAGCGCAAAAAGUGAAACCAAAAUUGUUUCAGAAUAAUACUAAUUUCGUUUCUGGACUUGUACAAGCAUAAUGCGGUAGAUGAAUCGAAUUUUGUCUUUUUUCAUCGUAAGGCGCAAAGACUGCAGAUAAGAUCGAUAAUUCGAGCUCAUUCGAGCUCAAGUGGCUGAGACGAGAGUAUCGCUCUUCGAUGACGAUGAUCGCUGGCUUGCUGGCUUGUGUUUGCUUUCAACCGGCGUUUUGUAUCUUACCAUUUAUAAUAUAUGUAUCGAUGAUGGAUAACACCAUUUCUGAUAGCGUUAAAAUCGGAACACACGAAGUAGAGAAGCAAGAAAACGAAUGUAAACCGAUAGAGCAUACAAAGGAAAGAAAAAAUAUGAAAGAGGAUAAGGUGAAGAAAAAGGACGAGAAGAGUGUAGAGCAAGUUCUAAAAGCAUUAAACAGCUUGGCUACAACAGAGGAGAAGCUAGCUGCGAUAUGUAAAAGAUAUUCAGAGAUAGCCGAUGACAAUCGUAAAUUACAAACUAUGUUGAAGCAAACUGAGAAGAAAUUGGCGGUCACACAGCGUGAGAAAGAACAGUUUCAGAGCGAACAUAGUAAGGCCAUAUUAACACGGAGUAGGCUAGAGAGCUUGUGCCGUGAAUUGCAAAAACAGAAUAAAGCGGUAAAAGAUGAGAGUCUAUUAAAAAUCAGAGAAGAAGAAGAAAAGCGUAAAGAAGUUUCUGCAAAGUUUCAAACUACUCUGUCCGAGAUCACAGCUCUGAUGAACCAAAAUAACGAGAAAAAUACGAAGCUUCAUGAAGAUAAUUUAGAGAUGACUAAGAAGCUCAAAGCAAUGUGUGAACAGUAUGAAAUUAGAUCGCAACAAGUUGAAAAACUGCAGCAGCAGAUGGAACUUUCAGCUCAAUUGGCAGAAAAUAAGUUGGCUGAGGCCAGAUUACAAAUGGCUGCUGAGAAGGAAGUCCUACUAAGAGAAAAACAGCAGCUUUUAUUGAAAUCCGCAGAGUGUUAUAUCAAAGUACGCCAACAUCAGGUAGUGGAAGCUGGGCUCAGAGAACAGAUAAGCAUGUACACAGAAAGAUUUCAGGAAUUCCAAAAGACCCUUUCCAAAAAUACUGAGGUUUUUGGAGGAUUCAAGGAUGGCAUGGAAAAGAUGACUAACAAAAUAUUAAAGUUGGAAAAAGAGUUGAGUUUGUGGAAACAAAGAUGCGAAAAUACUCAUGGAGCUCUCCUAGAGAUGGCUGCAGACAAACAGCAGAGGGACGCAGAGCUAGCAACAACUAGUAGAAAGCUUGCUCGGCUCAAGCAACUCUGCAGGGCUCUCCAGGGUGAACGAUCUUCGUUACUUGCACAAUUAAAAGCAAAGGUGGUAGGGGCUACUGUUGAAAAUGCAGAGGUCAUAGAAGAUAUAGCACUUGAGGAGAAUAUUAAAUCGAUUGAAGAUAUCAACGAUUUAUCUCAAGACUGCCAACAGCUCAAGGAAAAUCUAGUGCAACUACAAGACUCUUUAGCAGAUGCCAUAAAGAAAGAAACGGAAGAAAAACUUCAAGAAGCGGAAACGUUAUUGAAUGAAAAAACAGAGCAUGUUAAUAAGGACAGGUCAGAGGUACCAAUAGCAAAAAGAAAUUUUGAAUAUGCGGACAAUGAAGAGAAAAAAGGCGAAGAUGUGGAACGAUUCGAUGAUGUUGACGUAAAAGCUUUGAGCAUAGUUGAAAAUGCUGAUAGCCUAACGACAGAAACAGAAGAUGCUAAGCCAUCAAUUAAAAAAGAAUCAUUAAGCAAAAUUGAAUCAAAGCACAGAAUGAACAUCCCUGCCCGAGACACACUUUCUCACCUAAUGAUUGAGAACGAAAAAAAAUCUGAAAAUUUGAUCUCUCCUGUGGAAAACAAAGGAUAAGAUGGUAAAAAGAAAAAAAUGAGGAAUGAGAAAAGGAAAAGGAAAACAUGUGAUGCUUUGAAUUACAGUACUGCGUCAUUAGGGAAAAGGAUUGCAGCAGUUCUAAAUGUCUACCGCAUUUAGCCCGAUACCGAACAAAAAUCGGCAUAAUUAUCGAUCUCUAAUGUUGCAGUAUGACUAAAAUCCUAUCUUUCGUAUGUCAAUUAGACACGAGCGAAUAUUUGAACAUUGAUAUGAUUAUUGUAGACAAAUGAUUUUCGUGUCUUUGACAAAAGAUUUUGACUAAAACAAACCAAGCAUUUUCCGUUUAUUAAAACUUUCAGUGAUA